AUGUUGAGAACUACUUUUGUUUUGUGGGACACAGAUAUAUAUACCUUAUAUAUUUAUGGCUUUAUCUUCAUCAGUAUCCUAAUUAUCUGGCAAGUGAAAAGGAGCAAUUGUGGAUUAAAGUUGGAACCUAAAAGGAGCUGCUGCCAGCAUCACCGAAAAGUCAGGCAAAGGGCUAGAGAUGCAGCAUCAAGAGCAUGGGGACUUUCCCAAGAAGAAGUUGAGAAACCAUGGGAGCUGCUCUCUAUCAUGAAAAGCCAGGGCUGGCUACCUCAGGAAGAAAGUGUGCGUCAGCUCCUGUGUGCAGAUCCCUGCUGCAACACCUGCAAUGCUGUGGCUCUGGAAGUUCAGGAAUUGCUGGUGGGUGAGAACAAUCAGUUCUCCCCCAAUAUAUCUGGCCCAUCACGGAGUUCUUCUCAUCUAGAAAUGUCCGUGUCUAGAGUGUCUGUUGAGCCGAAUCUGGAACUUCAUUCUUGGCACAGGAAAGAGAUUUCACUAGCAUCUGUAAACCCAAAACUGACACAACUAAAGGAUCAGAAACCUUUAACCCAAUCAGCUGCCCGGUCAACUAAUGCAGUCAGAGUCCAAGAUUACUGGGCUGACCACUUCGAGCUAGGGCACGAAUUUGAAGUGUCAGAUGUGCUUAGGGGCCCAGAGACUAUGGCUUUCUCAAAGCUCCAGGAGCCUAGGGUCCCAGUGAAUCAGCAGGAGAUGAUGCAGAACAACACCAACUUUGUCCAGGAGAACGAAUGCCAGUAUCACUUUAGCUCGCAACUCUCUUUGCUGUCCCUGAACCCAGAGAUCACUAAUAUGACACAUCCUAUGGCCUUGAAUAUGGUCCUCCCUGCCCGCCUGCCAUUCCUCAGUCCUAAAGUCCUGAGGCUUCUUGAGGUACAUGUAAAAAAGUGGAUGCAUUUCCAGAGAUGGGGGCUCCCCAGACGCGUAGAAGAGUCCAUGAGGCAGCUUAUGCCAAGCCCACCAUUGUAUUACCAGCCUGAAGAUGAUCAACCAGUUCCUGUCAUCCUGAAUAAUACUUCUCAGGUCUCUGUUCAUAGAUUUGAGGCCAUUUCCCAUGAGACCUGGUGUUCACGUAUGGCCGGCCAGCCCAUCCAGACCUUCUGGGUUUCUGAAUGGCCCAUGAGGAACCCAGAAGAAAGACAGUACCGUCAGCAAAUCCCAAACCCUAUGGCUCUAGCCUUGCCCUCUCCAGCCCUUAAAGUCCUAAGUGGCCUCUAUGCACUGCCUGGGGGACAGGCGAAUGUCUCGGGGAGCCAUCUGCAGGAGAAAUACAGCCAGCUAUUCUGUGGCCUCCCUUCUCUGCACAGUGAGUCCCUGGUUGCCACUUUCUUGGGCUCCCAAGACCUCUCCAAGAAGGGGAACGUGUCCAAGCCCCCCUUGAAGCGUACUUUCCUCUUGAAGGACCUCCCCUUCCACCCCCUGCUAGCUAAAACUCCACCCCUGUCAGCCCCACACUCUUCCCCACCUUCCCCAAAUUGGGGGUCUCCAUCUGACCAGCAAGGAGCUCAGAUCAAUAUCCCAUUUUUGACUCUGGCUGAGUGUGAAGCCUUGGAGUGGCACCUGCUGCAGAGGCAGCUCCAGCUUCAGUGGGGCUUGCCAGCUGUCUUCCAGAGACCUCAGCAUGCCCAGAGCUCCACGCAACAUGAGCCCCGUGACAAAGCCCAGGCUCCUGAGAGUAUGAAAACUUCCUGGCCAGGGAGGCCCGUCUCAGUCCUCACAAGGGAGCUACUCUUCUUCCCAGAGCAUGCCCGCAGGUUGCUGGAAUUCCACCUCCAGAAGCAGCUGAUUCACCAUCGCUGGGGCCUGCCCCAGAAGAUCCAGCGGUCCAUCCAGUUGCUCCUCUCCUCCACUGACCAGCAAACUUUGCCCUGGAGCACCACAGUGCUAUCCAGUGUGAGCAUUCCCCAGCCUACAGCCCUGGAGGCCACUGAGAAUAGUGCUGUGUUCUCACCCACUGUGGCCCCAGCAUCCAUUCCCAUGCCACACUUGUUCGCCCAGGUCAAGGCAAUAUUGCAGAGCCACAUUGACUCCAAAUGUGGACAGAUCCACCAGGGCAAGGUCCCUGCCUGUGUGCAUAGUUCCUGGGACUGCAGAAUUCCUGGGGGCCUGAAGGUGACUCCCUUCCCCUGCAUUCCAGAAAGCCAGCCCCCGGAGCUGCGGGCAGCAAGUGACCCUGACCUACAUCAUAAAGUUAUGCCCUGGAUGCCAAAGGCCCAUGAUCAACAGCAACAGGCCUUACCAGGGACUGUCACUGAACACCCCAAGCUGCCCCGAGCCCUGUCCAAGGGAGCCAAGGAGAAACUGGAGACAACUUUAAGGCACAAGUAUCUGGCCUUCCUGUCAGGGUUGCCUGCACUCUAUUAUGUGGCUCUUUCCAGAGCCAUGGCCUCAACUGUCACUAGCCAACCUGUCAUCACAGAGAUGGUACCUGAGCCUAUUGAAGUCCCAGCAGAGCCUCUAACUGAGAUGAUCUCAUUUGAAGAAGAGUGUUCAAGUCUUGGGCCAUGCUUUCAAGACAACAAUGGGAUGUGUGCAGAUGUUGCAGAAGAGUUCCAGGUGGCAGUGCAAGUGGAAGGAAUGAUGGAGACAGUGUCUCAAGAAAGCCAGGCACAUCCUGCCAGCCCCUUCUCACUCAAGACACAUGUCUUGGCCAAACUAAAUUUCCACCUCAGAAAAAAGGUCCUAGAGACACAAUUGGGAAUUCCCAUAAGGGUGAGGGAGUCCAUGCAAGGGCCACCUUGGAGGCGGCUCCCACACAAGCACCUCAGAGUCCCUGCAGGACUGUCCGCAGACCAGCCCCUUAGGGUGCAGCCCUGGUCCUCGCUGCCCCCGCCCCCGCUUACCCGGACCGUCCGGUGCGGGACGCGGGUCCGGGGCAGGCGGAAUCUGCACCACAGACCCCGCGCUGCCCUGGGCAGCUGUGGAGCUGGCGUGCUGGGCCGAGCGCCGGCAGCAGGCGGCGCGGGCGGAGCGGCAGGCAGACGCGGCGGCGGCGGCGGCGGCGCACACUCAGCCCCGCCCCCCUGCGCCGGCGACCUGGCCCUAGUGGCUCAGCCCGCGACCGGCGCGCGGGCGUGGGACGCUGUGGGAGCGCUGGAGGGUGGUGGCCGGCUCGACUAG